AUGGCGGCGUUUGUCACUUAUAGGUUAUUAAAUCAUAAUAAUUUAAUAUUUUCGAGCAGUAAGGGCAUUCAUUUAAAAAAUACCUUACUCCGAGUUUUGUAUAGUACGAAAAGUAAGGUUCGUAAUGAGGCCAAAGUUGAAGUUUCACUGUCAAACAACAAAAAUCUCUGGAUCUCCACCGGAAAAUAUGCCCGUUUUGCCGAUGGAUGCGCCGUCGUGAACUCUGGCGACACCGAGGUUCUGGUGACCGCAGUUAGUAAAACUUACACCUCUGGAUCUCAGCAAUCAUUUCUUCCACUUGUCGUGGACUACCGACAAAAAGCAGCAGCCGCUGGUCACAUUCCCACCAAUUUUCUCCGGAGAGAACUCGGUCCAACGGAACACGAGAUCCUCACCAGUCGAUUAAUCGACCGAUCAAUUCGCCCUUUAUUUCCAUCUGGCUACAAUUAUGAAACACAAAUCAUGUGCAAUAUGCUGUCCCUGGAUGGAGUCAACGAUCCCGACGUUUUGUCCAUCAACGGAGCAUCUGCCGCCCUGGCUCUCUCUGACAUACCCUGGAACGGUCCUGUUGGAGCCGUUCGUGUAGGCUUAAUCGACGGUGAAGUAAUUUUUAAUCCUACGAGACGAGAAAUGCAAAGUAGCACCUUAAAUUUAAUAGUGAGCGCUACCAAAAGAAAUUUAGUUGUAAUGCUUGAAGGUUCAGCCGACAAUGUCUAUGAGCAAGAUCUCAGAAAAGCGAUCAAAACUGCUGUCAAGGAAUGCCAAAGUAUUAUUAAUGGAAUAGAAACACUCCAGGCUGAACAUGGCAAAGAAAAAAGACCCGUCGAUCCAGUUCCAGAACACUCUAAUGAGAUCUUUGAGUCUGUCAAGUCCCUCGCGGAAAUGAAACUCAGGGAAAUAUUCAUGGAUAAGAAUCAUGAUAAAAUAUCGCGGGAUACGGCAGUUAAUAAUGUCAGGAAAGAAGUUUUGGACAGUAUGAAGCAGAGCUAUUCAGAUUUGGAUCUUCCGUUGGCUGUGGAAGCUUUUGGAAAAGUCACUAAGGAAAUUUUUAGACAGCUUAUUUUCGAGAAUAAUCUAAGAUGUGAUGGAAGAGGAUUCGAAGAUCUUAGGAAUAUCAGGUGUGAAGUUGAUCUUUAUAAAGUUCUUCAUGGCUCUGCGCUUUUCCAGAGAGGACAGACUCAGGUUUUUUGUACAGUAACUCUAGAUUCUUUGGAAAGUGCUCUGAAGAUGGAUACGAUUUCUAUGCUGUCUAGUGGAAUAAAGCAGAAGAAUUUCUUCUUACAUUAUGAGUUCCCGCCAUUCGCGACCAAUGAAACGGGACGAACGAGCAUUGGAAGAAGGGAAAUGGGCCAUGGCGCAUUAGCCGAAAGAUCAUUACGACCAGUUCUUCCCCAGGAUUUUCCAUUCACGAUAAGACUGACGAGCGAAGUCUUCGAAUCAAAUGGAUCUUCAUCUAUGGCUUCUGUUUGCGGUGGUUCUAUGGCAUUGAUGGACGCUGGAGUUCCCAUUAGUUCAUCCGUAGCAGGAGUUGCUAUGGGAUUAGUAACAAAAUACGCUGAAGGAAAACCAACGGAGAUUGAAGAUUAUAAAAUACUCACCGACUUAUUGGUAAUGAUUUAUUUUUGA